AUGCAGUUUGCUCUCCUAUUACUUCUACUCGUAGCAUCAGUCUCAUCUCAUGUUACCGAGUCUCAUUGUACAGAUGACAGUCUUUUACAUGAUUUUCCUCGUCGUUUACGCUCGGCAACAAUCAAUGUUGUCAUACCACCAGAUGACUCUGCUCCCUUCGUCACUCGUAGUGACUAUGGUGUACCUUAUGGAUUCGAUAUUGAUCUAAUGAAUUUAAUCAGUUUUUUAUAUCGAAAACCAUUUCAAUAUCAGUACGAGUCAUCCACUGUAUCAACUAUUUCGAUUGUUCAAAGCAAUGUCAACACAAUUGCAAUUGGUGCUUCAACAAUUACACCGGAACUUACACGAUCCGUCGAUUUUGCUCAGUUCUUUAAAACUGGCAGUAGUUUUCUCGUUAAAUCGUCAUAUGGAGGAACCAUUACUGGACUCAAUAGUCUAUGUGGCAAAAACGUAGCAGUAAUAAGUGGAACGAUACAAGUAGAUGAUUUGAAUAGACAAAACACACAGUGUCGUUUUAAUCGUAUUACGAUAAAAGAAUAUGCGUCAAAUGCCGAGGCAUUAAAUGCACUUUCCAAUGGCGUAGUUGAAGUAUUUGUUGCCGAUGAAGCAUUACUGAAGGCAUUGGUUGUUAUAUCCAAUAAUGCAUUCAAAAUUGUUGGACGAACUUAUAAUGUUCUACCUUAUGGUAUUUUAUGCAACAAAAAUAAUCGAGAAUUAUGCUGUGCCUUGGUAAAUGCCAUAAAUUAUCUUAUUAAGGAAGGCAUUUAUGAACAAUUAUUGCAAAGAUAUUCAUUUAGCUGCGCAUAUGGCGUAUGCCCAUCAAGAAUUAAUUUAGAAGGCCCAACCUGUUCAUCACGAUGCACACCAGGAAGAUGGGAAUGUAAAAAAUAUUUGCACUAA